AUGAUGAAGAUGGUAUCCUUAGUGUUGUUUGUUUUGGGAGGUCUCCUCGCAGCAACAGAAGGCUGUGGUCCUGGAAAGCAAUUGCUACGAUCUGGUGGAUUGACAGCGUACGAGAAGCAAGCUAUAGUCGACGCACACAAUCGCCUCAGGCAAUCCGUUGCCCUGGGACAGGUCUCCAGCCAACCACCAGCAGCUAACAUGAUGGAAAUGGUAUGGGAUGACGAGCUGGCCGCGGGCGCUCAGCACUGGUCUGACCAGUGCAUCACUGCUCACGACCGUGCCGCCCAGCGGUACGAUGGCCGUUUCCCAGUGGGUCAGAACCUUGCAGCCACCUGGACAACUCGCCCACCCACCCAGAACUCUGACUCUGAACCUGACUUCAACAAGCAAAUCAACGCCUGGUUCGACGAAGUACAUGUCUACGGCUUCAAGCCCAUCACCGGAGGGCACGGCACUGGACAUUACUCACAGUUGGUUUGGGGCGAGACAUCUCACGUAGGCUGUGGUUUCACAUUCUACUACGACCCCAUCCGAGGCUACACCAAGCUCUACGUGUGCAACUACGGUCCUGGCGGUAACGUCAUCGGAUCCAAGCCAUACGAGAAGGGCUACCCAUCAUGCACCAACUACGGCCUCACUGAAUCCAUCAAAUACUCUGGCCUUUGCGCCGCCAGCUACACAGCUUCCUCGUCUUACCAGACGGUGGACAAUAGCAACAGCUACAUCUCGAACGCCAUUCCAGACAGCUCCGCGGAAACUCAGGGCUUCAACUAUCAGUUCAGCAACCAGUACUACAACCAGUACAACAACCAAUACCAGUACAGAUACCAGCAGCCAAGCACCUACUACCGCCAAGAAACCUCGACCUUCAGGCCUAUCAUCAGUAUCAUCAACACUGCCUCCAAACUUUUCAAAUCAAAGCCUCAAGUGAGAAUCGGCACGGUGUACCUAUAG